UGAGUUUAGUUGGAAAAGCAUGUCCUCACAGGUACCUAUGAUACAUAUAAACAAUCUAUUGUAGGAACAAGGAAGUUCACAAAUUGACAAAGAUGGUGGUGUUGGCUCCCAGUUUUCUUAUCCUCACGACCUACAUCGGCUGGGCUCUAGCCGAUCAGGACUGCUACUACGUUUAUUCUUACUACCGUAACUUCCAACUGAGACAACGAUAUGGCUAUCUCUACUGCUCCGGAACGUGCUGCGGCUACUACUAUGACAGGUCAUGUUGUACCAGUGGUGGCUCAAUAGCCGGGGCGGUCAUCGGGUGUAUGAUUUUCGUCGCUUUUGUCGUCUUCGUCAUCUUCUUGAUAAAAAGCUGUAAUAGAACACAAACAGGCGUGGUCGUCGCUAAUCACAAUCCGCGAAGAGGCGAGGUCACCGUGGUGACAACGAAUACACAUGUUCCUCCCGCACAGACAAACACUGGACCGUACCCCCCGCCAGGACAUGGAUCUAACCCAGGGGGUAGUUACCCUCCUCCAGGACCGGGAUCCUACCCUGGGGGUAGUUACCCUCCGCCAGGACCGGGAUCCUACCCUGGGGGUGGUCACCCCCCUCCUCAGCCAGCCCCUGGGUCCAGUAAUCCAGGGGCCAACUACUAUCCUCCGCCGCCUCCCUACGAACCAGCUAACUCCGCUCCCUAUCCACUCCCUCCUAAAUAUUAAAGGAAGUGACGAAGACCUCCAAGAAAGCUGAACAACUGAUAAUCGUAUUUAGACAUUUAUUAUUUUACCAGAGUGUAAAAUGUCGAUGUUUCGACACAUAUAUUGGUGUAUUCUGUUUGUUUUGUAUGUAAUGUAACACUUUUGAUGUUUGUUUGGAUUUUUUGUUUCGUUUUUUGUUUGGAUAUUUUUUUUAUUCAAUAUUUAAGAAAAUGUGUGUUGAGCCGCGCAUUGGCAAGAGUUCCGUCCAGACAUGUUGGUAUUGUAUGUGCCUUGCUUGUAUUGAGUCUUUCGAAAAUAAAAUCCACUUAGAAGAGUAGACACUCCCAUGGUGCCUUUAGAAGGAUUUUGGAUCUUUACCGUUUGCAUUAGAGAUUGAUAAAAUUUUAGUUAUGUUAUAGAAGUUAGCAGAUCUUGAUAAACAAUAUUUGAAAAAAGAUUUUUGCAGUUAUUUCCCUUUGAACAGUAAAAACAAGAUGAUUUGUAAUGAAUACCUCCAACUAGAUUGAUAACAGACGAGUACAGACUUCUACUUCAUAGCGGGCUGGGAAGUCUACCAACACUUUAAAUAUAUUUACUAUUCAUACGCAUUCUCCCGGUAAUGUUUGUUCCACUGGUAACAGUUUUCAGUUUCCAUCAAAUCAGUAAUUCGAAUGUGCAAAAUGUGUUUUUUUCGUUGACUGUUAAUGUUAGUUUACCUUCGGAUAUAUAAUGGUAGAGUUGCUAUUUAUCUAAUAAAUAUGUGUCUAAUCGUAGUAUUGAUCAGAAGAUGUGCCUACUGUGACGCCACUCUUUCAGAGUGUCUAGUAUAAGGAGAGAAAUAAAGUUAGAAGUUC